CGAGGAUAACGAGGAUUUAUGGCGGGCUAGGUGGACUGUACAUCAGGUUCGAGAAAGCCGAGGGAUUCAUUACCGACCGUGGAAGAAAUCCUCGGCGAUCCACGGGGACCUGAAGCGGCGGCACUCCUGGAGCAGCGAGGUCGACUAUCAGCCGGCGGAAACGGAAGCUAUUACUACCUCGGGGGGAGAUCCCGCUGUUCCAGUCCCCUCGGACGACGACGGAAUCUCCUACAAGGAGUAUGGCCGUUCGGUGCAGACGGUGGACUUGGUGGCGCACUGUCCGUUGCAGGUCGUGACAGGUGGCUCGAGGUCGCCGUCACCCUCGAGAUCGCCGACGCCCUCGCCGACGUUUUCGACGUCCGCCGUGUCGACGGCGAGCAUGGGGCAACGGCCGAGCACCCUGUUGCGCCCCAAAAUCUCGCUGACUUGGGUCCUACGCGGUCAACAGCAGCCCGGAACCAACGUUGUCUGUCCGACCACUCAUGGCAACGGAGGUGCAACUGGCGAUCGGGACACUCUGUCAAGGAGCGGCAAGGAGAGAUCCUCGAGGAGGAGUGUCAAGAGCGUCAAGGAGAAGGAUGCCGCUGGCAAGGAGAAUAUCGAGAGUAAGGAGAGCGUGGAGAAACGCGAGAAGAAGAUUAUGCACAGGCUGGAGAAGAUCGAAAGGACCGAGAAGACCAUCACUAAAGAAACGAUUGGCAACGAGAGGCGAUUGGAGAGUCCGCUGGAAAAGCACUCCGAAAAGGAAUUCGUUGGUCUAAAGGAUUCAAAAGAGAAAGAAAAGGUAAAAAGAGCCGUGUCCGAACCCUCUUUGGUAUCUCGCGAGUCAACGUCGACACCCAACGGACGGGAGAAACAUCGGCACCGACGGACCAAACGCUCACAUAAACCUAGACCACCAAGUAGAUUCGGCUACGAGAUUGCCGAUCUUGAUGCUUUUUUGACUAAGGCCUCCAUAGAGAGACCGGCGAACAUCCCAGUCGUCUUGUCUUUUCCUUCAGUGUUGUAUCAGACUCAAGGUGGCACUCAAGACGAGAUGGCCCUUCCUCUGGGCACAGUGGUGAACGCUGUCUUCAAGAACCAGACUUGGCUAUACGUGCAAACGCCCCACGGCCAGGAGGGCUACGUUGGCUACGCUGCCUGUUUGCCUCUGGGGAUCUUACCGCAACCCACGCGUGGUCCCUGCUGGGAGGACUCCACCGAUGUUUUUCCACGGCCUCUCGGGAACAUGACAGACACCGAGAAGCUUCGGGACACCAGGUCGGAGUGCGGGGCGAGUCGCGGGCGCAGUGGCAGGAUAAGACGGAGUUCGAGGGAUGCAGUAUCAGCGUGCGGCGAGCGUAGCGUCGAUCGGCUAUAUUUAAGGGCGGCGGCGAACGCGCGCACGAAAGGUUCGCGACACACGUUGCUGGUGAUCAGGAGUGACUACGAAGCGCGCGGUGCGAACGCCCUGACCGUCUCAAAGGGCGACGUGGUCGCCCUGCUCAGCGACCAAGUGAGCGACUGGUUCUGGGUGCGUUCCAGAGACGGCAGGGAAGGAUUCAUCCCCGCGGUCAUCGCCGGUCACGGCUUUCUCUGACCAUCCUCGAGACUGGAGGCGCAAGCCCUCGAUACAUUAAACUACUCAUGAAGAGAUGAUAUCGCAUCCUCUGCGAAUAAUACUAUUAUAAUUAUUAAAUAUUAAAUAUCUGCGAUAAAGCUUUUGGAAGCGAAUUUUGUUUCAGAUAAAAUAAUUUUGAUAUAACACGAAUAAUACAACUUUCGAUUUUUUAUAAUGUUCAACAGAAGUUUCAAAAUGUCCCAAGAUAGAAGUAAAAGACAAGUGAUUUAUUUCAAGAAUGAAUCUAUGAUGAUAUACCAUGAGAUUGCGAUAUCAGUUUGAGUCUUGUAACAUAAUUUAAUCUAUAUUUAACGUAUCGAUAUACCACUGAUAAAAAAGAAAACAACUAGCGUUUUGUAUUUAAUUUAUAAUAUAAAAUUUAACUUAUUUAGGUAUAUUUAAAAGCUUACUUCGUCAAUCCAUCGCGUCACAAAUUUCAUUUAAAAAAUGGCUGUCUUUAAAUUAAUGCAAUUAAGUUGAAUUAAAAAUUUACCCGCAAGUCGACAUUUAAAUUAAAUUAAAUUGUAUUAUCUUAUUGAUACAAAUAUAAUAUCGUGUUACGUUUCGUCCGAAUCUUAAUGUAAGAUUCCGUCAACAUAUAUUUACAACAUUUUGCUUAAUAUUUAUUUGGCUGCUCCUUCUUGCAGUAUUUCAUACUCCAUGCGUUUGAUCAAGAGAAAAAUUCAAAUAGAAUUCUGGAUUGAAAGAAUUUCAAAAAUUAAUACUUUAUACGCGGCCAUUUCAUGAAGAUCGUCUACAUUUUGCUGUGGAAAUUACACAUAUAAAUCGUAUAUUUGUAUAUUUGUACAAAAGAAGAAUCGCCAUCGUACGAAAGAAAAUAUGUAUACUUUAUUAAUUAAUAUAUUUAUUAAAGAA